AUGAGGAAUCCGAGACGGAAACGUGGAACAUUUGGAAACGAUGAUGCCGAUGUCGCGGCAGGAAGGAGCAUACCUUCGGCUCCCAAUUCCAGCAAUACGAUAUCGUCGGCAUCAGACCUUGAUUUCUUUGAGGAUUUGGUUUCAGAACCUGUGCUAGUGUUAGGUGUUGACAUUUCACACCUUUCAAGAAGUGGACAGUUUGUAGUUUGCGCCACUGGUGUAUUUUGCUUCACACUGCUGUACGGGUAUCUGCAAGAGUUGCUGUCAGUGGAACUUUGUAGCCGUCAACUCGGGCUCUUCCUUGCUACAUUCCAGUUCACAGGGUACACAAUUCUGUCAUUUAUUCUUCGAACCUUUGUGUACAGAAAAUCCUCAAGGGCAAAGUUAACACCGAAAAGGUCCAACGCCUCAAGCGGCUCGUUUCAUUCAAAAAUCCCAGUGCCACUGCAGCUUUAUAUGGGACUAUCGCUCCUUCGAGCUGUUGACUUGGCAAUGACAAAUUUGGCAAUGCAAUACAUCAACUAUCCUGCCAAGACAUUGAUUAAAUCAUCUCGGGUGGUCUUUACCAUGAUCUUUGGUGUCCUUAUUACCAAAAAGUCGUACAAGUUUAUGGAUUAUUUCGUGGUGUUGUGUAUGGUGUCUGGUCUUGCAAUAUUCCUGCAUGCGGAUGCAAACUCAUCUGCAGUUUUUCAACCACUUGGUGUUAUGAUGCUGACGGUCUCUUUGCUCUGCGAUGGAGCGAUUACGAAUAUGAGUGAGAAAAUUAUGAGUCAAUAUGGUGUAGGUCAGGACGAGUUUAUUUUUCGGAUGUACUCGAUCGCCUUGGUUGCCAUUACAUCAGCUGCAAUAAUGAACGGGGAUAUGAGAGAAGGAAUCAUUUUUAUGAUGAAACCAGGGACGUAUGCUGAACAGCAAUCCAACGCGCCCCUCGGCGAGACUUCAUACUCAGUUAUCUCGAAGUGGGUGAUCAUGAUUGUUUUCUCAAGCAUGGGCUUCUUCGGAAGCUCUUGUUCAGCAGCAAUCACAAAGAACUUUGGGGCUCUGGCAAUGUCAAUAACGUCAACGGCUCGCAAAGCUACGACGCUAUUUCUCUCCUUUGUUCUUUUCAAUAACACAUGCACGUUUGAACACAUUAUUGGGAUCUUCAUCUUCAUAUCUGCAUUGGCAGCAAAAUCAAUGAGAAGAAAAGGAAAGAAGGAUAAGGAUGAGCCUGCUGGUGACAAGAUGUCGGUGGAACUAGGUUCAGGGGACAAACUCCCGGUUCCAUCUCGUGUUACUCCAGGGAUAUCAGACAGUAGCGAUCGAAGUCACCUAUCACGACGAGAAAGGAGAAAAGCAGAUGGUGCAGGAGGUAGCAGAUCUCCUUCAGUGCGCUACCAUGUAGUGUGA